AUGGACGAAUGGUACGUCGCGGAAUCGGAUUCUGAAGAUAUAGCUGCAGCUAUCCGCGAAGAUGGUCAAGAAGCUCCGUUUGAAGCAGAUGAGGACCCCAAAUGUCCCCCGAUCCAGUUCUCGAAAGCUGAAGAAAGAAUGUUUUGCAGGGAACUCCGGUCUGCCUUGGUAGUGAAAGCUCUUGGCAGAUUGGUGUCGUACACCGCUAUGUCUAUCCGUCUAAAUGCCAUCUGGGCGAAGGCAGGGGGGAUUCAAGUCACAUCGAUGAAGAAGGGUUACUUCCUGAUCCGAUUCACUAGCGGGCUGGACUACGAGCGAGCCAUCACCGGCGGACCAUGGAUGAUCGGACCGAGCUACCUUACUGUUCAUAUGUGGGACAAAUACUUUGAUCCGUACGAACACGAGAUAUCAUCAACUGUGGUAUGGGCACGUCUCCUGGAUCUCCCGAUACAUUAUUUCCAUCACGAGGCGGUAAUGAAAAUUGGGCGUCGCAUGGGUAAACCUAUACGAAUAGACGCCGCGACUCGCACAAAGGCUCGGAGUGAUUAUGCGAGAGUAUGCGUUCAGGUUGAUCUCACCAAACCCCUCUUAUCGCAGUUCACGAUAAAUGGGAAAAAAUACUUUAUCCAGUACGAGGGCUUGGAGAAGAUCUGCCUCAGCUGCGGAACUUAUUCUGAACAUGGGGCCUGCCCGUGCACCAAAACCCACAUUCCAAUGGAAACAGACAGCAAUGUAGCAGCAAAUCAAACGCUGGAAAAGGAGCUGCAACGGGACAGCACCUAUGGUGAGUGGAUGAUAGCUAAAAGAAGACCGAGACCAUCUAAUAAGGAGCAAGCGACCCAAUCGCCAAAGGGGGGAGUCCAGAUGCAGAAGGGGAAUUUAUCGAAACAGAGCCCAGCUACGGGGUCCCGGUUUGACGUGCUACAGGAGGAGGACAGUAGGAACAUGCAAGACGUCCCAGUAAGCCAAGCUGCAGGUGGAGCUUCAAAGGGAAUGGAACUACAAAAGGAGCACACAAAGGUGAAGAACAAAACUCCCAUGCAUGCUGAAGGGAACGUGAACACUUCCCCCAUGCAUGCACACCCAACCGCCACGUCUCCGAUACAGUGUGAGGCACCUGUUGUGGAUCGCCAACAAUCACCAACAACUUGCAAUCGGCAGACGGAGUCUAUGGGUUCUCAAGGCCUUGGCUCUGAGGUUACAUCGCCCUCAAACAACCGAACCCCGGAAGGCAGCAACGAUCACCCAGCUCAGCAACCCCAGCAAACGAACGUGGGUGAUAAGCAGCCGAGGGAGAGGAUGAUAGAGAAACCGCCAGACCCAAACGCCCUCUUCCGAAAGCCCCAAAAUGGCCGAGCUGAAGGAACGGGGAAUGAGUCGGCGAUGUUGAUCGACGGGGACUCCCCGUCGGAGAAUUAA